CGAGAGCCGAGCCGGCGCGGACGGAGGGCGCUGUGCUGUCUGAGGUCUCCAAACGGCUCGCCAUGGCUGGUCCGCCUCAGCAGCCCCCUUACCUGCACCUUGCCGAGCUGACGGCGUCCCAGUUCCUGGAAAUCUGGAAACAUUUUGAUGCAGACGGAAAUGGGUAUAUUGAAGGCAAAGAACUAGAAAACUUCUUUCAAGAGCUGGAGAAGGCAAGAAAAGGCUCUGGGAUGAUGUCAAAGAGUGACAACCUUGGGGAGAAGAUGAAGGAGUUCAUGCAGAAGUAUGACAAGAACUCAGAUGGGAAAAUCGAGAUGGCAGAGCUGGCGCAGAUCCUGCCAACCGAGGAGAGCUUUCUUCUGUGCUUCAGGCAGCACGUGGGCUCCAGUGCCGAGUUUAUGGAGGCUUGGCGGAAGUACGACACAGACAGGAGUGGCUAUAUCGAAGCCAAUGAGCUCAAGGGAUUCCUGUCAGACCUGCUGAAGAAGGCAAACCGGCCCUAUGACGAACCUAAGCUCCAAGAGUACACCCAGACCAUACUAAGGAUGUUUGACUUGAAUGGGGAUGGCAAAUUGGGCCUCUCGGAGAUGUCCCGACUCUUGCCCGUUCAGGAAAACUUCCUGCUUAAAUUUCAGGGCAUGAAGCUGACCUCAGAGGAGUUCAACGCGAUCUUCACAUUUUAUGACAAGGACGGAAGUGGCUACAUCGAUGAGAAUGAGCUGGAUGCUCUUUUGAAGGAUCUGUAUGAGAAAAACAAGAAGGAAAUGAACAUCCAACAGCUCACCAGCUACAGGAAGAGUGUCAUGUCCUUGGCCGAGGCGGGGAAGCUUUACCGCAAGGACCUGGAGAUUGUGCUCUGCAGUGAGCCCCCCAUGUAAAGGCGGGACAGGGGCUGCUUCUCCACCUCCCCAAAUCCUUCUCCUGCUGCCCUAACACUGUACCCACACCCAGAGAUCAUGAGCAUCCCUGCCCCCUGCAACCCACCCACACUAGCCAGCAGAGCAGGAAAGGAGAGAUGGAAGAUGGGCCAGUGUGCACCUCCUUUGAGCCCCUCUAACCUGAUCCUGACCAGACACACUGCUUGGCCUGCAGUCUGGAUGACCCAGUGCACGGAAAGUGGGUGGGGCACGGGUGGAGGCUCCUCAGCCUUCUUUGCUGUGAUGCAUGAGCUCAUUCACUCUAUGAUUUUGGCUUCUAUGUCCAACAGAGUGGACUCUUCCUUCUCGCCCUCCUCCACCCUUCUCCCUUGCCUCUUCCCACCACAAACUUUCCAGUUCCAUCCACCACCUUGCUAAUGGUGUAGCUGUCUCUCAGAGUUCCUGUUUGCAGGGGGCACGUGCCCUGCCUUGCCUUCUUUAUUCGCUGUGCUCCUCUUCUCUUUUGGUUUCUUGUCUUCUUGUUUACCAAGUUAAGAGUUUACAGACAAUAAAAUGAUAAAGUUCUGCUAUGGAAGCUCACCCA